UACAGAUAUUAGUAAGCAGUGUAGGAUAGUAAAGCUCAGGUUGUAAAUCGUUUAACGUUUAAUCGUUCAAGAUUUUCAUGCGAAACCAAUUUAGUACUCGCUGCGACUGGAAACCAGUGAAAGAGAGCUUGGCGAAUUAAGGCAAGAACGCGAUGAACUUCUGGCGAACCUCAGGGCAUGUCAACGAAGACUAGACGACAACGUGACAGAUUCUUCCUCUUUACACAGACAAGAAAUGGAAGAAUUACAAAGGAAACUUGCGUCACGUAAUCAAGAAGUUAUUCAGCUGUUAGACGACAUAACGGCCUCGUCCCAUGCCAACGAAGCUCUUGGCAGCCAAGUAAACCAGCUGAAAAUAAACCUUGAGGAAUCGGUUCGUCAAAUGGAAAUGACAAGUGACGAAUGCGACCGUCUUAAAAACGACUUAGACAAGGCUCAUCAAGCAAUAGAAAUUUUGCAGACGGAAAACGCUGAGAUGAAAAGUCAGCUCGAAUCGCUCGAAGGCUUACAGCAAAAGGAGGCAAAGAUUGACAAUGAAAUAAUGGAUAUCGUUGAUGAUAAAAUCAAAGAGUGGAAGGCGAUGGUGUUAGGAAAGGACAAAGAAAUAGAAUCUUAUAAAAUAAAGAUUCAGAAUUUGGAAGAGAAACUGGCGCAGCUAAAGCUCGAGCCACAUCAAUCAUCUGCUCUGGAAUUAAAGGAGCUGUUGGAAGAACGCGAAAGGGAAAUUGUGUACCUGAGCAACGAAUUGAAAGAAGCCACUCUUGAUAUGGAUGCUAACGUUAUGCUGAUGGAAGACUUGCAGAAACAGCUAUCGAGCGGUAGGUUGGAGCAGUUAUGCUUUAUGAUCGACUGGUAG